AAAUCGGGGCCAAAUAGUGUUCCGCCCUUAAAACUUUUCAAGGAUUCGCGCUGCUUAUCCCUUACAAAUUUUCCGGCUGAUCAUAUAUGCCAUUUAACGUUAGAACUUUCUACAAAUAUCUCUUUUGGAUGUAAGUCACAAGACGAAAUUAUGGCGGUAUUAGUUUUAGAUAUAUCGAUCCUCCGAUUUAACAAUGAAUAUUUCG